AUGCUCGAGAUGAAGCCCAUCUGGGAUGCAGACCAAUGGAAAACGAUCGUCUCCAAGCGCACCGGUAGCAGUAACUGUGCCAGCAUAGGUCCUACUCCACACAUCCUUCGAACUUGCAAGCCUAUUCCCCGAGAGGCGACACCGAUCUUGUACAGCGGAAACGUUUUCCAAUUCUACCUCGGAGGAGGAGACGGAACAUCGCACCCUGGUUACAAAGGUUGGAACGAGACCCCUAUUGAUGCUCUGAACAGUUCAAUUUUCGCUAUUUUUCUAUGA